GGCUGCCUGCAACUACGUCAGCAUACGCGAGCCUUUGAACCUUAUGGGGUUACCUCUAGCAGGAAUUGAACUGUGUUAAGAACCGGGGAGACAUAGUCUAGAUUCGGAACCACGCGCAUUGUCUGCAUUACGGGUUGGGUGUUAUCGACGGCUUUGCGUCUGAUCUUCCUCGCCCAUCCGCUCACUCCAGUCUCCUUCGUAUAAAACUCUCGAGCAGCCUCAAGCUGCAACUGCACAUCUUCCAACUUCCACCUAUCGCGAAUGCUAUACCCAGACUCUACUCGAUUCUUGGGCUCCUCGUAUUGAGCCUUGAAUUUGCGCAUGGGAAGGAAGCUGCGUGUGGAAGAGGGUGAUGUUGCGCUGCACGCCAAGGAGUACUGGGACAAGAAUAAAGACGGUCGAUGGAACGGACGGCAAAUCAGAAAUGCCUGUCACACCGCACUCGCGCUCGCCGAAUUUGAGGCUCAAGGCGGAAGCCACAAGACCGUUCACAACCCAAACGCGGAAGUCCACCUCCAGGAUAAGCAUUUCAGAACCGUCUCGGGCGCGUAUUUGGACUUCAUAAAGUAUCUUAAGGAGAUAUAUGGCACGUCCGCCGAGGAAAAAGCGCAAGAACAAGGUAUCAGAGCGAGGGAAAGCGAUGUUCGCUCUAUAGCUAAAGAUCAUGCGAAGUUCGCCUCUGGCCAGCUGCCGGCCGCCGGCGGGUCCGCUGGUUCGCACUCGUAUUGCAUCGACAACCCCGUCCCGUACCGGCACAGCCGCAGGCUACAAGUUCAAGAUUCCCUAACCAGUAUAUGCCCCAGCCGGAUCAGUUCAGCCAGCAUUGGAGCGUUUCCCCUGGAAUGGCUGGUCAGCACUAUCCGACGAUGCCAGAUGCCUCAAACGGGGAACGCCUGUUUCAGCAGCAGCCUCGUUCGUCUGGCCCGACGCCGUCAGUACCCAGCGUGGAUCAAGCGGGAGUAUUCCAAGAAACAGUGAGCGACCAGUACAGCAUGUUGGACCACCAGCGCCCGGAUAUCGGAAACAUGUGGCCUUCCGCGCCCAGGCACGCGUAGUCGGAGUGAGGAGCGAUUCCAAAGAUGGUUUCCUCUCUGACUUCCAAGGCAUAGGGGCAAGAAGUGGAAUGCAUGAUGGAGAUGAAGAUGGUGAUGAUGAUGCGACGAGCUUGAUGGCCUGAAC